UGAAUGGGGCAGACUCAUUUUGAAUUAUCCAACAAAAAAAAAUGGAAGGUGAAGAAGAAGAUGAUUAUCCAGGGCCUGAAACCGGCAUUGGCGGAAUCAACUUGAACGGGAGAAAUGUAGGGGCAGUGAUGGUGGCACCUAGGGAUGUAGACGUGGCAAGUCAGAGUGGUUGCAGGAUCAACAUAUACGUGAACAGCAACGUUCAAGGGACUUGUGGUUCGGCUCUGUUUGGUAGCAAGGUUAAGAUAAGGGAUCCUGGUGUUCAUCUCCAUAUCGAAGACCUUAAAAUGAACAGAGACGACGGAUCUAGAAAGAGGGAGAUGAGGUUGAUAAAGGUUGGGUUAUGUUUGGUCUGUCUCUUUAACGUCUUUCUAGGAGUCGUUCUCUUGCUCUCCUAUUGGCUCCGGAAGAAAACCGGUUCCAUGUAAAUUUCGCGAAAGGCUUGCGAUAAUGCUAUACGAGGAUCUGUAGGCUUAUUUUCAAUCGAUGUAUAUUUAUCCUCGUUGAACCUUUCUUUAUAUGUACAUUUAUUUCCAAAAUAUUCAGAUUAUAAUGUAUUAUGGUAAAGUUUUUUUCUUCUUAUAUCAUGGUAAAGUUAUCUCA